AUGCUGCCCAAGCUGGCUCUAGGCCACCACGGCCAUCAAACUCCCCGCCGCUCGUCGUUAAACAGUGCUCGAUCCGAUGACUCUAGCCAACCGACAUCGCCUGGCGCUGAAGAUGAAACUGUUGUCGAGCCCGACCAAGGCAAUGUGCUGUCCCACAUCAUUUCGCAGCUACGACCCGGCGCCGACCUGAGUAGGGUCGUGUUGCCCACGUUUAUACUUGAGCCCCGUUCGAUGCUAGAAAGGAUUACAAAAGGCGUCAAGAAACCCCUGAAUCCGAUUUUGGGCGAAGUCUUUACAUGCUAUUGGGAGUAUCCAGAUAACAGUCACGGCUACUACAUCUCAGAGCAAACAUCCCACCAUCCUCCUAAAUCGAGCUACUUUUUCAUGGUCCCGGAACACCACAUCCGCAUCGAUGGCACCCUAAAGCCCCGAAGUCGGUUUUUGGGAAACUCCGCCGCAAGCAUGAUGGAAGGUAUAGCCAUACUGCAGUUUUUGAAUAGAGGCAAAGAAAAGCAUGGCGAAAGAUAUAUCCUUACCCAGCCAAAUAUGUAUGCGCGGGGUAUUUUAUUUGGCAAAAUGAAGUACGAGCUUGGCGACCAUAGCUAUGUCAGAUGUCCGGAGAAUAACCUGGUUGCGGAUGUGGAAUUCAAAACCAAAGGGUACUUCAUGGGAACCUACAACGCUAUCGGAGGCACAAUAAAAAACGAGGCAACCGGCGAAGUUUACUACGAGCUCUCUGGGUAUUGGAAUGGGGAGAUGUAUAUCAAGGAUGUCGCUGAGUUGCUUUUCAAUGCCACAACUGCAAAGCACAGCCCACCUAUUGCCAGACCACUCGAAGAACAGCAACCGCGCGAAUCGCAAAAGCUGUGGCACAGCACAACCCAAGCGUUGCUCGCAAGGAAUCACGAGUUAGCAACAGAAGAAAAGACAAAGAUAGAGGAUAGGCAACGCGAGGAAGCGGCUCAGCGAGCUGACAGAGGUGUGGAAUGGCGCCCAAGGCUAUUCAGGCGUGUCAAAGGGGGGCCUGGCGGUCCCGAAGAGGGAGAAGAGGACCUUGACUGGAUAUUGAAUGCUCAUAUUGAUUCAGAGGAUCCAAAGCUCGCUACACGCCAAAUCCUGGCUGUCGCGCCGAUUCUGAAAGGGCAGGAAGUUGAUCACCAGUUUGAUAUUCCGCCACACUGUCCGUCGUCACACCGUUCGGAUAAACAUCAUCAGCCAGUCUCCCAAAAUUCUGCGCAUGAGCAACAAACCAACAAUCUGAUAGAUUUUGGCAAUGACGGAGCCGCACCUGGAUUGGAAACCGGCAAGGAAAGCACUUCUGAGCAGUUGGCAUCAAGUACAGGACACCCAAUACAGAGAAGAGACUCCCACUCUUCAGGCGUUGACGAGUUUGUCGACGCUCAGGAUUGA